GAAACUUAAGUGUGGUUUUGAAGUUAUAUGUGUCUCUCUAUCUUUUUACAUGUAGUGAAAUGGCAAAAGCUAAUAUUUCUUCAGAUCAAUUGAGCUGUCCAGUGUGUUUGGAUCUACUGAAGGAUCCAGUGACUAUUCCCUGUGGACACAGUUACUGUAUGAGCUGUAUUACAGACUGCUGGAAUCAGGAUGAUCAGAAGGGAGUCUACCGAUGCCCUCAGUGCAGACAGACCUUCACUACAAGACCUGCUUUAAAUAAAAACACCAUGCUGGCUGAAGUGGUGGAGAAACUAAAGAAGACUAAACUUCAAGCUGAUGUUCCUGUUGAUGCUGGAGUUGGAGAUGUGGAGUGUGAUGUCUGUUCUGGAAGAAAAUACAAAGCUGUCAAGUCCUGUGUGGUGUGUCUGAACUCUUACUGUCAAAAUCACCUUGAUCAACAUGAGAAUCUCUUUAAAGGUAAGAGACACUUUUUGAUGGAUGCCACUGGACGACUCCAGGAGAUGAUCUGCUCGCAACAUGGUCGACUGCUGGAGGUUUUCUGUCGCUCUGACCAAAAGUGUAUUUGUAUUCUGUGUACGAUGGUUGAACAUAAAAACCAUGACACUGUAUCAGCUGCAGCAGAGAGGACAGAGAAACAGAAACACUUGAAAGAGACCCAGAGAAAAUACAAGCAGAGAAUCCAGGAGAGAGAGAAAGAUCUUCAGCGGCUGAGAGAGUCUGUGGCAUCUCAUCAGCGCUCUGCACAGACAGCAGUGGAGUACAGUGAGAGGAUCUUUACUGAGCUGAUGCACUCCAUAGAGAGAAGCCGCUCUGAGAUGACACAGCUGAUCAGAGAUCAGGAAAAAGCUGCAGUGAGUCGAGCUGAAGGACUCAUGGAGCGAAUGGAGCAGGAGAUCGCUGAUCUGAGGAGGAGAGACGCUGAGCUGGAGCAGGUUUCACACACAGAUGAUCACAUCCAUUUCCUGCAGUGUUUCCAGUCUCUCUCUGCACCUCCAGAAUCUACAGGCAGAAUUACUGUCAGUUCCACUCUCUCUGUUGAAGAUAUAAAACAAUCUGUCUCUCAGCUGAGAGACAAACUGGAGGAUUUCUGCAAAGAGGAGAUUAAAAAGAUUUCUGUCAGACACAUCAACAUUGUUCUGAUCAGAGAGGAGUUCCUUCAACAUUUCCAUCAGUUCACUCUGGAUCCAAACACAGUUAAUAAACGCCUCCGUCUGUCUGAGGGGAAUAGAGUGGCUUCUUGUACUGACUCAGUCCAGCAGUAUCCUGAUCAUCCAGACAGAUUUGAUUGUUUCCGUCAGGUGUUGUGUAGAGAGAGAAUGUGUGGACGCUGUUAUUGGGAGACUGAAUGGAGUGGGUGUGAUGGUGUGUAUGUAUCAGUGUCAUAUAAGAGCAUCAGCAGGAAGGGAAGGAUAAAUGAGUGUGGAUUUGGAUAUAAUGAUCAGUCCUGGAGUUUGUUCUGUUCUUCCUCCAGUUACUCAUUCAUUCACAAUAACAAACACACUGAUCUCCCUGUACCCUCCAGCUCAUGCAGAAUAGGAGUGUAUGUGGAUUACAGUGCAGGAACUUUGUGCUUCUACAGCGUUUCUCACAAGAAGACCCUCAUCCACAGAGUCCAGACCACCUUCACUCAACCUCUAUAUCCUGGAUUUUGGGUUUUUAGAGGAUCAACAGUGAAACUCUGUGAUGUAACAAUAUAAUUAUAUAGAGAUUAUAUCAGUAAUACUGUCAUAUAUCUUUAAUCAGUGAGUGUUGUGGAGUCUCUUAUUUUCUGAAUAAAUUAAUAAUAUCUCGUCAUCAUGUUGAAAAGGUUUAAACAUGUUCACAUUAAAAAAAGUACAAGCACUCAAAAUAAUUCACUCAAGCUAUUAAAGAGGGUAAAAAAACAGUAAAGAAAGUGAAGUCACAUUUAUUCUAAAUCAGAAUAUUGUCUCUAAUCUGGUCAUACCAGAGAAUAUCAUCUGUAUCAUAUAUAAUGUUACUAUUCAGCACAGUCGCUGUGUUCAGGCAGGGGAGAGAUCUGUUGAUUAAAAAUGUUUCAAGGGGGCCUGGGUAGAUCAGUGAGUACUGACGCUGACUACCACCCCUGGAGUCACAAGUUCAAAUCCAGGGUGUGCUGAGUGACUCCAGCCAGGUCUCCUAAGCAACCAAAUUGGCCCAGUUGCCAGGGAGGGUAGAGUCACAUAGGGUAACCUCAUCAUGGUCAUGAUUAAUGGUUCUCGAUCUCAAUGGAGUGCGUGGUAAGUUGUGCGUAGAUUGCAGAGAAUAGCAUGAGCCUCCACAUGCGGAGUCUCCGUGGUGUCAUGCACAACGAGCCAUGUGAAAAGAUGCGUGUAUUGACGGUCUCAGAGGCAGAGGCAACUGAGACUUGUCCUCCACCACCCAUAUUGAUGUGAGUAACCGCGCCACCACGAGGACCUACUAAGUAGUGGGAAUUGGGCAUUCCAAAUUGGGAGAAAAGGGGGUAAAAAAUUAAUUAAAAAAAUUCAUUAAAAAAAUUGGUUCACUACUACAAAAUCACAAUAGGAAAUUCACAUCACUGUAUAAUGCCUUUAAUAGUGUCAUGUGUAUUUUGUUGAUUCAUGUCUUUUAUUUUUAAAUGUUUAGUUCCUGUUUCCCUUGUCAUGUGAUUCCUGUUUUCCCUCCAUGUUCAUGUGUUCUGUUUUCAUUGGUUCAUUGUUUAAUUAGCUUGUUAUGAGUUCUAUUUGUUCACUGGUUUAUGUUCCCCCAUGUCCAUGUAUUUAAGCCUCAUGUUUUCCAUAGUGUCUUUGGCAAGUAUUGAAUGUAGAUGUGAAUGUAACUUUGUAGCCAAGCCAAGCCAAGCCAAGCCAUAGUCAAAUCUAGUUCAUGUUUUGUUUUGUAGUCAGGGUUAUUGGUUCUCACUUUGUAAAUAAACUGCACUUGGGUUCUUCAUCUUCACAUCAUCGUCUUCAUCAUUGCCAGCAGCAGAGCAUCGUUACAAAUAACCAAAUUUGUACUAAAACAUGUGAUAUGAAGAUUGUGUGACACUGGAAUGACGUUCUGUCAAUUCUGUGAGUACAGAGUGUGUUGUCAAUACUGUAUGUUAUACUAUAAGAACUGUGCAACAAGUAAUGUUCACUGUAAGGUCAUUAACGGUACUGUACUGUAUGACUGAAUUGACAGUUUACCUUUUCAGAUUGGGGUAAUUAUAUUUACAUUCAGUCAUUUAGCUGACAUUUUUAUUCAAAGCGACUUACAAAUAAGAGACUUUGCACAUUACUGUAUUUUUGCAGCCUCUGCUUCAUUUAGGCCUCAUUUUACAGUAUCACGUAGCAGACAGCUAAGACCCAGAUCUCACUGGGUAGAACAAUUCCUUCCAUCUGUUGCCCACCCCUUUGCCCACUCUUGAUGGGCCUCCUGUAUACAAAGUCAUUGAUUAGUUCCUCUUCCGUGCUUUGGUGCUGUGUUGACAAAUUGUAAAUGCUUAUAUAUACACACACUCUGAAUGUAUAUGGUACAUACUGUCAACAAUAUUCGUUACAUAUGAUAUAAAUUGGCAAUAUUUUACCAUAAAUGAAUUGUUUGGUUAACCAGUUUUGAACAUGUAAUUUACUGUAGGUGGUUAUUACUUUAAAACACAUAAAAUAAUCAAACCAGUUGGAAACCUAUAUCAAAUAAUUCAUUAAUUGACCAUUAGGAUCACUUGGAUGUAUUACGUCCCUGAAAGUAUUUAAGUGUAUUUUUAUUAUUCGUUUAAUUACAUCUAUAAAUGUGCGUUCUUUUGCGUUUUUACAUUCUCGUGGAUGCGUUCU